UUGAUUCCGGCAAGCUUGACAACUGGUGUGGAAAAGAUGGCUGCUUCGGCGGCAACGGCGAGUUCUUCCCCCGGUUUGUGUCCGAAUUACGCCGUUAUUUGCUCCUUCCUCGAGCGAUACGGACCGCUACUGGACCUACCGGAGCUCAGCUUCCCCCAGCUGGAGAGAUAUCUGCAGGACACGUCCUCAGUGCCAAAGCUGCUCGUCGAUCUUCACGUCAAGCUGCUGAGGAAGAUCGGCAAGUCUGUGUCAGCAGACAGAUGGGAGAAAUAUCUAGUCAGGGUGUGCCAGGACUUCAACACAACAUGGGCCUGGGAGCUGGAAGAAAAGGGAUACAUGGCCUUGACGAUGGAGAGCAAGGCGGGGAUACUUAAAUAUUUAUGCGAGUGUCAGUUUGACGAUAACAUGAAGUUCAAAACUGCCAUCAAUGAGGAAGAUCCCGACAAAAUGCGCCUGCAGCCGAUCGGCCGGGACAAAGACGGACAGAUGUACUGGUUUCAGCUGGACCAAGACAACAACGUCCGCGUGUACAUCGAGGAGCAGGACGACCUGGACGGCUCAUCGUGGAAGUGCAUCGUCAGAGACCGAAACGGCCUGGCUGAGGUCGUCGCUCUGCUGAAGACUCAGAUCGACCCUGAGCUGCUGAAAAAGGACGAGCUGCUGAAAAAGGAUGAGCUUAAAAAGGAAACUAAUCCCGACAGUGAGGAUGACGAGGAGAAAACAGAAGAUGAAGUUAAAAAGACUGACAACACAUCAGAUGCAGAACAAGACCCUAACAAGGCUUCCUGCCCGGUGUCACCAAAGACCGAGAACAACGAGAAAGUACCACAGAAAGAAAGCGUGAAAACGGAAAGCUCCGAGGUCAAAUCGUCGAUGAACGGCGUCAUCGAAAGCAAAGGCGAAGUCGAGCUCUGCUCGGGAAACAUUGAUACAAAAGCUCAGAACAUCAAAGAAGAGCCGAUGGACGUCUCGGAAACCAAAACAAGCACAGAAACGAGCGGACUCCCCCCUGAAACCACAACAAGUUUGUCAGUAAAGGCAGAAAAGGGAGAGGAGGGGAAGAGGAACAGCGCUGAGGAGAUUCAGCAGGCUCUGAAGAACGACCAGCAGGCCAAAAUCCCCUUGAAGAAAAGAGGAAUGAAGUUUAGUGAAGACUUUGAAAAAAACAGUGGUAGUACGGUGCAAAAUCUGUCCGUGUCUCAGGUCAAGGAAGCUCCUAAAGCUGCCGCGACUCCCGAGCAGGCGAAGAAAGUAAACGAUCAUAUUAAUGGUGAAAUUGAGCCAGUGUCGGAGAACGAUCUGCAGAGUCAUUUGAGCGAGUCGCUGAAAGACGCCGACAAAGCGCAAACGACCGGAGCAGCCGCAGUGAAAUCCACAGAGGUGAGAGAAAAUGACUCGGCGUCUUUAGACAAGCAGUGUGAAAAAGAUGAACCCGACAAAGCUCAUUCUGGAAAGAUCACAGAAGAGGUCACGGUACGCCAAGGAAACAUUGAAAAUCCAGUCGUGAAGGCAGAAAAGGAAAACACAGCAGAGACAGAAAAGAAAGAAGCACACGAGUCUCCGCCUCCCCUGAAAGCAGAAUCACCACCUGCACCUAAGGACCUCAAUAAAGCACUGGAGAGGUCUUCUAAUCAGGAACAGUCAGAAAAAGCAAAAGAGAGCUCGUCUGAUACACAGGAGUCUUCUAACGAAAAGACAACCACAUCAAAGGAAACUGAUAAAACUUUAAAAACCCAUGAGUCAGAGAAGCUAAUUUUAAAUCAUGAAGUCACAUCCAAAGAGGCAGAAUCAAAAGAUUCUGAGGAAAAACCAGCCUCUGCAGACAGGGACACAUCAGAGACGAGUCCAGCUGAGGAGACCAAGACAUUAAAGAGGACGGGAAACGACUCGGACGUGAAGCAAACAGUAGUUUGCGAUAAUGAUGCUAAAGAAAAGGCAACAUCUGAAGUUAAUGAAGCAAAAUCAGAUGAUUCAGCAGCAAAAGAGACGCCGGCGGUCAUUAAAGCAACAGAGACACAGUCUGCUGGCGGCGAGCUAUCAAAGAAACCUGAUGACUCUGAAAACACAGAAUCACAGUCCAUCAUUAAAAAGACAGAAAUGGUAAAAGACGGUGACGGUACAAAGGCUCAAGAAAUCACACAAAGUUCUUCUGACAGUAAAAAGGCAGACAAACCAACAGACGACAAGAAAUCAGAGGAAACCUCCAACUUUACACAGAGAGCGGCGACUCCUGUUGUCAAAGCAGUAGAUAUAUCUGAAUCCUGUAAACCAACAGAGAAGAGCGACGACAUAAAAGACAUGGAGGUGACUCCGGAAAAAGCUGGUGAGGCCUUGGGAAAGCCUGAGAGGAUGGAGACAUCGGAGAAGACGUCAGAGAAGAUGGCGACGUCGGAGAAGACAUCAGAGAAGAUGGCGACUUCGGAGAAAAGGAUGGAGACGUCGGAGAAGACAUCAGAGAAGAUGGCGAUGUCGGAGAAGACAUCAGAGAAGAUGGCGACGUCGGAGAAGACAUCAGAGAAGAAGAUGGAGACGUCGGAAAAGACAUCAGAGAAGAUGGAGACGUCGGAGAAGACAUCAGAGAAGAUGGCGAUGUCGGAGAAGACGUCAGAGAUGAAGAUGGAGACGCCAGAAAAGACAUCAGAGAAGAUGGAGACGUCGGAGAAGACAUCAGAGAAGAUGGAGACAUCAGAGAAGACGUCAGAGAUGAUGGAGACGCCAGAUAAGACAUCAGAGAAGAUGGCGACGUCGGAGAAGACAUCAGAGAAGAAGAUGGAGACGUCGGAGAAGAUGGCGAUGUCGGAGAAGACAUCAGAGAAGAAGAUGGAGACGUCGGAGAAGACAUCAGAGAAGAUGGCGAUGUCAGAGAAGAAGAAGAAGGAGACAUCGGAGAAGACAUCAGAGAAGAUGGAGACAUCAGAGAAGACGUCAGACAAGAUGGAGACGCCAGAUAAGACGUCAGAGAAAAUGGAGACGUCAGAGGAGACGUCGCAGAAAACGGAGGCGUCACAGAAGACUGGGACGUCACAGAAGACGGAGGCAUCACAGAAGACUGGGACGUCACAGAAGACGGAGGCGUCACAGAAGACUGGGACGUCACAGAAGACUGGGAUGUCAGAGAAGACGGAGGCACCUGAGAAGAUGGAAAAGUCUGAAGAUAUGAAGAAAACCAUCAACUGUGAAGACAGUACGAUGCAUAAUGUUGCCAAGAUCUGCGACUCCACGUCUGUGCCCAUGGAAGUUGACGUGGAGGUCGUUAAACAGGACCUGACAAAGCCACAGAAGGACGCCGAGACUGAGGAAAAGACCUCUGAGGAGAAAGAUAAACCUUCCAGUCCAGCUGAGAAGGCCGAAGUCUCGGAAGAAACUCACAAAAAAGCCAAGAAAGAAGAAAAGAAAUCUGACGAAACGCCAAAACAAAUCGUGACAGAUCAGCCAACAUCGGAAAGUAAAAUGGAUUCCGACAAGGGAAGCGAAAAAGAGGCAGAAGGUGAGAAACAACCUUGUCAAGACAAAGGAAACAAAGAGGAUUCUACAAAAGAUACAUUCUCAAAAACUGAAGAAGCAAAGGCGGAGAAACGGAGUAAACAAUCAACAAAAGCGGAAAAAUCCAGUGAAGAAAAGGCUAGUAAAGACGCUGACGCCAAAUCCUCAACUGAACCUGAAAAACACAGCAAAGAACUGACAACUGAUAAACGCACCGAUGAGGAGAGUAAAAGCAAGAGCGAGGAAGACGAGUCGGCUUCAAAGAAAGAGGAGGCAAACGGCGAUGAAACUCCAGCCCACGUCCGGAAGGCGGGAGGUCGUCGAAGAAUCAGACCGUUUGUUCACCGCAGGAAAGCCGUACUCCAGAGAGUAGAGAGACAAGGCGACUCGGAGUCCGACACCAACACGGGCAUGUCGCUGCGACGAUCGCCGAGGAUCUCCAGACCCACCACGAAGGCAGUAGAGAUCAACAACAGGAAGGUAGAGAAAUCACAACCUGCCGAGAAAGAAGAAGAAGAGCAGGAUGACGAAAAGGUGGAGAAAGAAAAAGAGGAGGAGGAGGAGGAGGAGGAAGAAGAGGUGGUGAAGACAGUUCAAAGGAAACCAAGGGAGAAAAAGGUCGAUCAGGAGGGUCAGCCCAAACCUAAGGGGAGGAAGAGACGGAGGGCUCGAUGGUCCAACACUCGAACGCGCCGCAAAAAGAAAACCUCUGAAGAUGAAGAUGACAACAGUGACAGGGAGUCCAGCGAGGAGGAGGAGAGCGACGAGGACGACAGCGACGAGGACUACAAGGUGGAGCGGGGCCGGAAGAGGCGGAACCGGAACCGGGAGAGACGGAGCUCGGACUCGUCGACGUCCUCGGACGACGACCUACCUCCGAACGACGACCCCUGCAAACACUGCGGUCUUCCAAAUCACCCCGAGCUGAUCCUGCUGUGUGACUCGUGUGACAACGGUUACCACACAGCCUGUCUGCGUCCUCCUCUCAUGAUCAUCCCAGACGGAGAAUGGUUCUGUCCGCCCUGUCAACAUAAGCAGCUCUGUGACAAACUGGACGAGCAGUUGCAAAACCUCGACGCGGCUUUGAAGAAGAAGGAACGAGCGGAGAGGAGGAAAGAGCGUCUUAUUUAUGUUGGAAUAAGUCUGGAGAACAUCAUCACACCCUCGGUGGAGGUGGAGGAAGAGAAGCCAGAAAUCAUCAUCAAAGAGAAGAAAGAAGCUAAGAGAAGUAAGAGCUGGGGUCGGAGGUCAACGAGAGCAAAGAAAAACAUCAGCUACAGAUUUGAUGAAUUCGAUGAGGCGAUCGAGGAGGCCAUAGAGGAGGACAUCAAAGAAGCCGAGGGUGGAGGAACAGGUCGAGGUAAAGACAUGGCCAACAUCACGGGUCACAGAGGAAAAGACAUGGCCACCAUCAUUCAAGCAGAGGAGGAGGGCAAAGAGAACGGUUGCCCGCCGCAAGUCAGCGCUGGACAGCGCAAGAAAAAACGCAGGCGACUCAAUGACCUGGACAGCGACAG